GGUUUUCAGUAAGUUUUCAGCUGCAGCUGAGGGAAGAUGUCCUUCGUGAGCACUCUGCGUCAGUGGGAUGAAGCAGUGGCUUGUGUGGAGAAAAAGGACACAGUCUCUGCUCUCAGGAUAUUCCUGAGCAUUGAAGAGAAGACGUCAAAAAUCAACUUCAACAUCGGAUGCCUUCAUCUGAACAAUAAUGACCUGGAUGCUGCUGAAAAGGCGUUUGACGGUAGCAUUGGCAAAGACCAGCAUCUGGCUGUUGCUUUUUUUCAGCGGGGAAUUACGUUCUAUAAAAAGCAAAGGUUUGAAGAGUCACUGAUGGAUUUCCAGCAAGCUUUUAAGGAGCUAAGAGGGAAUCACCUAAUAGACUACAAACCUCUUGGGAUGAUUUAUAAACUUUAUGCUUGUGAGGUGCUGCACAAUACUGGACUUGUCUAUGCGCAGAUGGGGAAAUGGGAGAAUGCUCAAGAACAGCUGCUUGCAGCUCUUAAAGUCCGGACAGAAUCCAAGUUCACCCACAUCGAUAAGGCUCUGGAGUCCAUCCUGAAGCAGAAACUCUUUUCUCUGGUGGUGAUUCGACCGGAGCUGAUGUUCAAACCUAAUAAGCACUAUGUGGCCGAACUGGAGAAAAAGGACUAUCUUGGAAAGGCCAAGGUUAUAUCUUCUGUGGUUCCUGCGGAUAAUUUCUCAGGUUUUGCUCCUCUUCAGCCUCACGCUGAAGAUGUGCCAGCUAAACCCAAGCCACCAGAAGUACUGAGAGCUCUUGAAGGUGAACCACACACUGUUCUGUACGAGUUCAUUCCCGAGACCACAGAAGAACUGGCCGUGUUACCAGGCAACAUCGUAUUCGUUCUUCAGAGGGGGACUGACAACUGGGCAUCUGUUAUUUUCAACGAAAGGAGAGGGUUGGUUCCCUACAAUUUUCUGGAGCCACUGGACAUUACAAUGGCCUCCAAAAUGGUGCAGGUUGCACCAUCCAUCAGCAAUGAAGACAUACCCGCUCCUCCAAGAAGAGCAGCACCCAAUAAACCUGCGGGUAAAGCAGGUCAGGAGGCCACCACAACAGAGACUAAAGCUGAUGAUUUCUCAAAAUGCAUUGUGAAAGUGCACUUCCUGUUCACCAUAUCCGUUUGCAUUGCACCAGGACAACCAUAUAAAGCCGUCCUCCAGAUUAUCAGCAAAAAGCUCAAGCGACCUGCUGCUACACUCACUCUGAGCUAUUUUAAGCCUGGAUCUACUGAGAAAGUGAUACUUGAGGAGUCAGAGAUGGAGGUGAUGUGGACCUGCGUGAGCAACAAUCGCCUCACGCUGUGGUGUUCAGCCUCUGAGGAUAAAACUGUAGCACCGGAAAAGGUCGUAGCUCUGUACGCUUACGAGGCAGCCACCCCUGAAGAUCUGGAAUUUGCUCCAGGAGACGUCAUCACUAUCUUGUCUAAAGUGAACGAAGAAUGGCUCGAGGGCGAGUGCAACGGGAAGAGUGGCAUCUUCCCAUCAUCUUUUGUUGUAAAUCAAGAAAAUGAUCAGUAGAUGGAGUGGAAGUCUUACUGAUAAAUAACAAAAUCUUAUUAUUUAAUGCUUAAUAAUUUAAUUAUUUAAUGCUUAAGUGUAACUAGCAUUAGCUAAAGUGCUCUUUUAGUAUGCUGCAGUGCAUAAUACAAGUCUAUACAUUAUUUUAUUAACAUUUUAAAGCUUUUGGAAUAACUCUUCAAGGAAUAAUGAGACGGUUAUGUAUUAUAUAAAGUUACCUCACCAUACCCAAGAUGAUCUGUUAACCUUUAAAUAACUGCACUGCUUAUUUCUUUAAUAUUAUUAGUCUUAGACUAUGUGGAGCAUCCAAUAUACAAGUGUUGUUACAGAAAAGGGAGAUUGAGCACAUUAAUAUACUUUAAAACUGGUAUUUAAAUUAUAGCUGGUUAUCAAAGAUGCUGUUAGAGAAAAUAACUCAACACUUAACAGAAUAGAGACUCCAUUAGC